AUUCUUUUGUUUGCCAUAGAUUUCUAUUCAGUGAGGGUAUCCCUGGGUAUGUGAGGUGUAAGGGUUGAGCUGUUGUUUUUCUGCGCUUUUUCUUCUCAUGGCGUUGUAUUCUUUCUUGCUUGCGUUAUUCCUGCUAAUACCAGUCUUCAUUGGUUACGCUCACGGGCUGAAAUGCUACUCAUACAUGUGUUCUAACGCUACAAUGGGGAUGCCAAAAUGCGCUCCUCCCAAAGUGGUCACGUGUCGAAAGGACCCAGCCUCCCCCGUCCAUCCUGACCGCUGCAUUACGCAAAGGAUACGCGCAGAGCCGAUGAAAGGCGUGGUGAUCCAUCGGGAAUACCGAGGCUGCUCCCACUACUUGGAGUGUGAGUUACCCUCCCUCUGUCGGGGCGCCAGUGAUCACGAGGGACAGUGUGACGUCAGCUGUUGUCAAGGAGACCUGUGUAAUGAUGGAAGGCCCGCUGAUCCUGGGCCUCGGUUGGCGAGACAGACAGGGCCCACAGGCUCUGCCCUCGCCUGUUACGCAUGCUCCAACGCGACGCAACCAGGCGAACACCCCUCCAUACCAUGCGAUAAGCCCGUCAAGCAGACCUGCGGCAACGACCCGCUGACCAACCUACCGCAAGACCGCUGCCUCACUAUCGUCAUGGAGACGAAGGUACCGGGCAGUGGUCACGUCAUGCACCAGGAGAUGCGCAACUGCAGCGCUGAGCAUUACUGUAAUGAUAUGAUCUGCGCAAACGCGAACAUGAGUGGCCUGCUGACCAAGUGCUCGGUGUCGUGUUGUCACGGGAAUGGUUGUAAUAACGAGGGCCUGGCUAUACCGACCAGUACAGUGGUCCCUUCGUCAGCCUCGGAGGAAGGCGACAAGUACGCACGCGCAGGAAAGCCCUCACCGCCCCCUGUCAUCACUGCCGUGAAACCGACAUUGACUUCCGGCGGAAGUAGAGUCAGCAUGCACGAGGCACUCUCGGUUAUUUCUGUGAUGAUAAUAAUUCAACUUUAUUUUGCAAAUAUCUAACGUAGCAAGUUAUUAUGAUAACAAAUUUGUAAAAGACAACUAGUCCCGGGGGUGGGGGACUCCGUCAAAAACAGACGGGUGUCAUCUUCGGUGUUGACCACACGUUGGGUGUGGUCAACAGAAAUUCUUACCCCCAAGAGAUAGCAAAUUAGGUGUGGUCGAAGGAAGUUUAACCCUUAGAGAUAGCAGAAUGGGGUAACCAUUAAACACCCACUACGGAAUAGCAGUCGAUCGAAUUCUAUACCCUACGAGAUAGCAGAAAAAUUCUUCAACACUCCCUAAGGUAUAGGAGAUGGUCAAAAGUUUAUACCCUUAAGAUAGGACGAUCACCCGUCUAUUUUUAUGGAGAGUCCCCACCCCGGGUAACUAGUUUUAAAAAGCAGAAAUGCAAUCCCUAAUAAAUAUCUCUCUCGCUAAGAGAUACUAUAAAAGUUAUAAAGAAUAAAAAAUAAUGAUUAUGACAUAUUUCGAUAAUUAUUACAUGUAUCGCCCUAUCGCGACUGGAGCCAACACUUAGUCAAACUGAAAAUAAAUACAAAGUUUGUGUAAAUUUAA